UUACAUUUGAUUCUGACUCGGAAAUUUAAACCAAAACAAAAAUAAUCUGAAAAUAUGUGGCAGUUGUUUUCAGUUCCGACACGGCCGUGCCGGAAAUGGAUAACGGUUCACGCCGGCAAUUCAGUACAAGCAUCCACAUAAUGGCCCUCGACGGCAUCGUCAACGUCAACUCACUCUUCACCUUCGCCGUCUUCCUCGGCCUCGCUUGGUACCCAAUCACCGACCCUGCCAUCACCCUCACGGGCGUCGCCGAGCCUGCCUGCGUCGCCGACACGACCAUGGGCGAGGAUCUCGUUGCCUUCCACGUCUACUCCUUCAGCUCCUUCCUCUUCUCCAGCCUCGUCGCCUUUGCUCUCAAGCAAGCCAUCUGGAUUGGCCAAGGCGGUGGUAAGGUGCGCAGCGUCCCCAUGACUAUCCAUGUUAACACGGCGGCACUCCGGGCCGGAAUCUUGGUGUCGGCGGCGGGGUCGGUGUUUGGAUGCGUCUUCUUGAUGCUUGCGCUGGUGGAUCUGGUUCAGAUUAAGCUCGGCACUUUGGCUUGCCGGAGUUUGCAUAGCUUGGCCGCUAUUGUACCUCUGGUGAUCCUGGUUCCGUUUGCACUCGUCGUCUUUGUAGGUUUGGUGCUUUACGCUUUCACACGCUAGGGUUCCGGCUUCGCCGGUGAGUCCUGGUACUAGGGUUAGGGUUUACACAACAGGAAAGAAUUAAACAA